AUGGCGACUUACACGCACGCCCCCCAUCGGCCAGCGAAGACCGACGGCAGAUUGUCGCCUGGGACCAUACUGCUUCGAGGAAAGGUCGAGUCCACGGGCAAGAAAGAGACGGAAUCGCGAGACCAGCCACCAGCAGCCCCAUGUCCUCCAACCAAGGCCCCAAAGAAGCAAAGGCACCUGGCUUCUCUCGGUGGAUACGAACGACUGCUGGCCAACCUGCUACUUGCUAGCAGAGAGCCUGGUCCAGGUCCCGGCGCAACCGAACCUGUCGAGCGGGAUGCCGAUAUCCGAUUUAACGCCCCUCCCCAUCUCUUGGCCUUGGACGCCUCUGCUCCAGUCUAG